UUGGUGCUGUUGGGGAGCAGAGACGUGGUAUUUGAGGCAAGGGCUAGCAUUGGACAACGUCGUUUUUCCGUGCCGCCCCCCCGGCUCUCUGACACCGCAUCGGCAUCAGUAGUGAACGAACCAACUGUGGGACUCGUGUCGCCACACAGACCGGGCUCCGUCCGUUCAUUAGUCCGUCGCAAAUUAUUUAGCUUCCCUUUCCCCCCUAAACACUUCCAAUAUCCACGAUGCAAGAAUCGAGCUUUCUUUGAAGGUGACAUGUGCCAAGGAAUACUGAAGCGCAGAAGGGCCGCUUUUAACAAGAAUCGGAGAUAUCAAUUGAAGACGUCUUAAUAUCAGUGGCGCGUAUAUACUUGCAGCGUGUUUCUCCACUUUUUGAAAUAGAGUUGAAAUCAGACAUAGGCAUUUAAAAGCGCGACGAUGGCAACUUUGAUCAGGAACAAGCUCUCGAACGCUGCCACCUCGGUGUCUAACAAAUCUCAAGCAAAGGUGAGCGGCAUGUUUGCCAGAAUGGGAUUCCAGGCAGCCACUGACGAGGAAGGGCUCGGGUUCGCCGCCUGCGAUGACCUGGACUAUGAACACAGACAGGCGGUGCAGAUGGACAUCCUAAAAACUGACGAUGUCGGCGUGGGCGCGACCGGAGAGCCGAUGGCGGAAGGGGACAGUCAUUACCAAAGGGACGGGACGGGUCCCCCGCCCUCAGCUUCCAAAGAUGAUGGGAUGUGCGCCGAGCUGGCCAGCCAGGACAGGCCUAAGAUCACGGCAUGGGAAGCCGGAUGGAACGUCACCAAUGCCAUCCAGGGGAUGUUCGUCCUUGGGUUGCCCUACGCCAUUCUACACGGUGGAUAUCUGGGACUCUUUCUAAUCAUAUUUGCCGCAGUGGUUUGCUGCUACACCGGUAAAAUACUUAUCGCUUGUCUAUACGAGGAAAACGAAGACGGGCAGCUUGUGCGAGUGAGGGACUCCUAUGUGGACAUUGCCAACGCCUGCUGCUCCCCCCGCUUCCCCAGACUGGGCGGCGUCAUUGUGAAUGUAGCCCAGCUCAUUGAGUUGGUGAUGACCUGUAUUUUGUACGUGGUGGUGAGCGGCAACCUGAUGUACAACAGUUUCCCCACCUUGCCAGUCUCUCAGAAGUCCUGGGCCAUCAUGGCCACUGCCGCCCUUCUGCCCUGCGCGUUCCUGAAGAACCUCAAGGCCGUCUCCAAGUUCAGCUUGCUGUGUACGCUGGCGCAUUUCGUCAUCAACAUCCUCGUGAUCGCCUACUGCCUCUCCAGAGCGCGGGACUGGGCCUGGGACAAGGUCAAGUUCUACAUUGACGUCAAGAAGUUCCCCAUCUCCAUCGGGAUCAUCGUGUUCAGCUACACCUCGCAGAUUUUCCUGCCCUCCUUGGAAGGCAACAUGCAGAAACCCAAGGAGUUCCAUUGCAUGAUGAACUGGACUCACAUCGCCGCUUGCAUCCUCAAGGGACUGUUUGCCUUGGUGGCUUACUUAACCUGGGCUGACGCCACCAAGGAGGUCAUCACAGACAACUUGCCGUCCACCAUCAGGGCGGUGGUCAACAUUUUCCUGGUAGCCAAGGCCUUGCUGUCCUACCCUCUGCCCUUCUUCGCUGCAGUGGAGGUCUUCGAAAAGUCGAUCUUCCAACAAGGGGACAGAUCUAUUUUGCCCAAUUGCUACGGGGAAGGCGGGAGGUUGAAAUCCUGGGGCCUCUCUCUCAGAUGCGCCCUGGUGGUGUUCACCUUGUUGAUGGCUAUCUACGUGCCCCACUUCGCCCUGCUCAUGGGUCUCACGGGCAGCUUGACGGGCGCCGGGCUCUGCUUCCUGCUCCCCAGCCUCUUUCACUUGAAGUUGUUGUGGAGGAAGCUGCUUUGGCACCACGUCUUCUUUGAUGUCGCCAUAUUUGUAAUAGGGGGUAUAUGCAGUAUUUCAGGCUUCAUCCACUCAAUGGAGGGGCUUAUAGAGGCAUACAAAUACAAUAUCAAUGACUAAACAGAGGCUGGGGUGCAAGCAGUGUUAAUGACACAUUCACUCACGCGCGCGCGCACACACACACACACACGUAAUGAGGCGCCACCCAGAAAGAAGAGUGCAGCUCCAAGUUUAUUAAUAAUAAUAAUAAUAAUAAUAAUAAUAAUAAUAAUAAUAAUAAUAAUAAUAAUAAAUGGAUGAAACAAAAAUAAAACAGAACACAACAUUGCAUUGCAUAUCCAUACAGUGACGUGCGUAAUCGAAACUAGUGGGUGUUUCCUUGCCGUUUUUAUCUUGUCUUCUAUCACUUUGAAAUGACACUCAUUUACAUUGCGUUUUCAAUGCUCUUACAACAGCCUGCAGCUGGCGAGGCCGCAGUGCCAAGGGGAGGGGAGGGGAGGGGGGCCGGGAAUUGUGUCCGGAAUUUGGAACUGGGCGGUUUUUACAGCUGAGAGGAAAAAUGAAUGCCGACAUUCCUACCACGCGCAAAGCUCUUACAGUUAAUUACCGCUCGCAUUCCAAGAACGUGCGGGUGUUGUGCGCAAACCUGUAUUUAAAAAGGGAUAACACCGAUGACAUUCAAAUAAUCCCGACCAUUUCUAUGGGCGGCAGUGGGCGAGGGAAGCAGCUCCGAUAGGACUUCAGAGGAAUAAUAUUGCGCAACAAGAAAUGUGCUUGGCAAGGAUAUAAAUGGACAUGUACAUACACACGUAAAACCGCAUUCAUCUGUAUAAUUAGCAGAGUCUUUGUUGCUUCUUGAGGAUUUAAUGGUCAUAAUGGCUAUGAAAUGAAAUGACACCCAGUGGCCUGAUAAACACUCAAAGCACCCAUACAAGCGCAGGCCACACACAGUCACCCUGCCCAUAACCCAUAUAAGCGCAUCGCAGGCCACACACAGUCACCCUGCCCAUAACCUUAAUUCAUCAUGUCCAGGUACCCUGAACUCUGACAUGCAUGAUCAAACAUUGCUAUAAAAUAAUUGUGACUGUGCAUUGUUUUUGAGAAUUACUUUGCUAUUGUUGAAACAGAACAAACAUCACAAUGUGAUGCAUAGUGCCCAAAUAAGACAGCUGGGCUUGUUUCUACAGCACUGAAGAAUCACCCUGGAUUGCAUUAACCAUCCAUUCUGUAGGAGUAAUCACGGAGGCUGAUGCAAUGCUUCACCAGUGCAGUAAAAUGCUCUAAUGCGCCCAGCUGUGGUUUAUCACAGCAGGGUAGACGACAGCUUCCGCUUCACACAGAGAACAAAACUGCUACAACAUACACGCACUAUGCACUAGUACAUAUACAAGGGAGGUGCACUUCGUGAAACCAAUGGGGAACUACCGCGUCUUUACCAAACACGAACAACAGAGCGGUCAAACAGUCAAGACGCGCAGGCAGCCCCAGACGCUUCUAUUGCUGUUAAACUGCACACACCAUUGUCGCUUUGUUUUGGGUCCUUUGAUUACAUGUUUUCCUUCACAGGUGCAGAAAUUCUUAUUAAAAAAGUGGAAACCGCAAGAAAACACACCACAUUCUUAACUACUCACACAUUGAAUUCGGUUAAAAGAAACAAUGGCUUAUGGAAGUAUACAUUAUAAAAGAAUAAUAGUCCCAGAGGAAAUGCUUCUAUAUGCAUCCACGGAAAUCUCUGAUUAAACUGCGCUUCCCAUUCUGAUAAUGUCGUUUAUUUCUUUAUUUCUUUAUUCACAUGCCUCCAGCUAAUGUAAGAUGAUCUUUAAGCUUUUUAAAAUGGAAUUUCCUUCAAAUGUUUGGAUCAAAGAAUUACGGACAUUUUUCAUUCUGUGCAAUCUACCGGAUCUGUGGAAAUGUUUUUAAAAACGUAUGUGUGGUGUUAUUGUGGUUUAAAAAAAAAAAAAAAAGAUGGAAUGUAUAUCACAAAAAAUAUCUUUAAACGUAUAUCGUGACAAA